AUGGCCAUGCAAACACUGGCAACACUUAUGUGGUUGGUGGCUCUUCUGCAUUUCCCCUCACCCACGACGGAAGAAGUCAAACUCGGUCUUUUAAUCCCAUUCAAGCGCACAGAUCGUCUCGGCAACUCUUUCCAUCGAGGAAAAUUUUACGCUUCUGCAAUGAGCAUAGCCGUGGAUCAUAUAAAUCACAGAUCAGACUUGUUACCAGGUGAAAACGUUACGUUCAUUUGGAACGACACGGACUGCGAGGAGGAAAAGACUUUGCAGGCAAUGGUGUAUCAACUGACUCAAGGCGUUUCUGCGUUUAUUGGUCCCGGAUGUACAUGCAACACUUCUGCGAGAAUGGCGGCGUCGUUUAAUAAGACCAUGAUUUCGUAUGUAAGUAGCUUCCUCCAUUAUUUUAUUUGCCUUUUUUUUAAAGAUAGUGUUCAACUGUGAUGAAUUCAACAGGAGCAGAAUAGCAAACAAAAAUGCUUAAAAUAACCAAUCUAAUUGUACGAAGCUGAGUACCUUACUCGCACCUCAAAAUUCGUAACCAAACGAAAAAGAGAGUGAAGUAUGUUAUUUUCAUUUUUAUCUUAUUCAUAAUGGUGUUCUAAUUUUGUACUUCUUUUGCUUAUGAAAAACAAAUUAUUUAUAUUGCACCCUAGUUGCUCUUGAAAUAGAAAAUGAAGUUGUCGUGCUCGAAUUAAUUGAUGGAAAAUGAUUGUUUGUUGCCUUUAAUUUAUUAAAACGAUCAUUACCAGAUUUUUAGUAAAAUCAGUAAAUAAAAUAAUACAUUCAAAAGGAAUCAAAUUGAAUAAUUGAUGUGAAUUCGUUAAAUUUCAUGCAGUGAAUAAAUUCGGGGUCAAGGUAGCGGAGAGUUCAAAAAUUAUCAUAAAGAUAAUGAUCGCAAAAGCUUAUUUUUUUUAAGCAUUGUAUUAAAAAGCAAGUGGAAAAAAAAUACCCAAAAGUUUGCCCUUUUUCUUAAACGUGCUAGAAAGGAUUUGCUUAUUUAUAAAUUUAUACAAGUUGGAGGUUACUUUGCCUUUAUUAUACUGGUUAACAGCUCAAGUUCAUCAAUUAAUUUCAAAAUGGCAGGGUUUUUUUUUGAUUUUUCGACUCUGUAUACAGUUUCUUUCCCGAGCUGCAAAAACCCUCACUUUCAAAAUAAGGCUAAGUGCACAGCCUUUCUUGUAAAAAGGAGUUAACGGAGAACUGUGAAUCGGACCAAUACGAGAAGGUAUAGUUAUAAAGUAAUCGUUAAUAUCUUGGUCUUUUCACUGCAAUCCGGAAUCCACGGCGUGGUACCCAGAAUCCAAGACUCUCAUGGAUUCCUUUACAUGCGGCUAAACAGUCCUAUAACUUAGGUAUUAAAUGCCUAAAUCAAAGUUCGCCUUUACAUAGAACUGGACGAAAAAAUGACGCACAGAGAGUCCCUGUAUUUUAGCUACGCACGUGUCACGUGACCGUUUUAUGACAGCCUACACGGUGAAAAGAAACUACAAAUGCCUGGAGAAUGAUAGUUGUCAACAUCUUUCGGUGAUUGCUCUCUAAAGGAGCGCGGAACAGUCAAAAUGAAGUGCAUUUUGUUAGUUGUAUAGUUCCGUAACUUGUAAGCUGCUAAAUAUGAAAGCUUUCACGAGCUGCAAAAACCCUGACUUUCAAAAUAAGGCUAAGUGCACAGCCUUUCUUGUAAAAAGGAGUUAAUUUGUUUGCGUGGAAUGAAAAAUCCUUUUCCAUAUCAAAGGCCGAGCACUUAACCUCGUUUUGAUAUACAGAUUCGGGGGAACCUGGAGACAGUUCAAAUUUCACAUCCAUUUGUUUUUAAGUGUGAUAAUCUAUAUAUGUUGUAGUUAAUUUAUUAUCUCAGUUAAUUUUUAUACAUAGAGGAUAUUACACGGGGGCGCGAAGAUAUGAAUUUUAUUUUCGAGUGGCAAAACAAUAUUGUUUUUGCCACGAGAAAAUAAAAUUCUUAUCUUCAAGCCGCCGUGUAAUGUUCUUUUUAUUAAAUAGACAAAAAGACAUCCAUAAAAUAAUAGAGGGACCGAAAUUACGUCCCCGAUAAACUCACGUGUGAGAUUAUGGAAAAUAAACCACUCGGGUCCCGGCUGUAAUUUUUAUGAAUUUUACGAGUGGCAUAUUUUCCAGUAAAACACUCAUGUCUAUAUAAUAAAUAAAUUUAUUGCUUGUUUCUAAAUUGUUGUGAAAAGUGUGCAAAAAAGAAAGUCCUCAAGGUUCCAAUAGUUUCACAAAACGCAAGAAAAAAAACCGACAUUUAUGAUGGGAAUUUUGGCCGACAUGGGCACGGCAAAAGGGCGCUUUAAAUCAAACCAAUAUUUUAACUAGCAACGAUAAUCUUUUUCAGGGCCAAAGAAGCAUUAUAUAAUGGCUUUUAAAACUGAAUAUAUUGUCCGAUAGAAGCCAUCUAUUCGGUUAUCUAUCUAUUCGCCCCACGUCUGGUAAUGUCCAAGAGGUUUGUUUUUGUAGAACUGAUCCGGAAUCCUGCAUGGGCUUGGAAUCUGGAAUUCAACUCUAGGAACCAAGAAUUCCGCUUUACGAUUGAAUCGGGAAUCCAAAUUCCCCUGACAAGUAAAGCGAAAUCCAGUACCUGGAAUCUGGAGUCCUUAUUUGGAAUCCAGAAUUUAAGAGUAUCCGUGGAUAAUUAUCUUACAAGGGACGAAACUAUCCAGUUUUCUCUAAAACUGACCUCUUUCCUUUGUUUUUCAAUAGAUGUGUAGUAAUCCAGAGGUAUCAUACAAAAAGCUGUAUCCCACCUUUAUUCGUACAUUUGCCAUUGACACGAAACUUACACCAAGUCUGCUAUCACUUCUUAAUUAUUUCAACUGGAAAAGAGUGGCAAUCAUUUACGAAAACGUGACGAAAUGGAUAGAAAUGAAGACCAACUUGGUGAAGGGAUUAAAAGCGAAUGGAAUUACCGUAGCUCAAGAACUGUUAACACAUCAUUCAGAGCUUUACAGGCCACAGAAUGACAGUGAUUAUUACAGAGGGAUCUUGAGAAAAAUCAAGCAGGAAGCUCGGAGUAUGUAUUCCUAGUUUCCCCUUGAGUAACAUAGGACCAGAGUUACUGAGAGAGGUUACUCCCCCAUAUGACACGAAAUGGUCCCUUAAGUUAUUUUUAGCAAUAUAAAAUGGCAAGAAAUUUAGAUUAAUUUUUUUUACUUUCAAUUAUCUUCAAAACCUUAACAAAUUUGUCGUUUGCGGAUUUGUUGGAUCCUAAGACAUUUUUCCCAAUAAUCACUUUAAAUUUAUUAUUAUCUUUUAUUAUUAUCUUUUUUAGUUGUGGUCUAUGUGACUGACUUUCACAUUGCUCGGGAAGGAAUGCUCCACGCAUACGACGAAAACAUGACAAAUGGAGACUACGUGUUUAUAAUUUUUGAACUUGAUCAAUUGCAAGUGGCAAUCAAGACUGACCUUCCAUUUAAGUGGUUUUUUAGCAGCCACACAAGUACACUUAUUCGCCUUCAUCACGUGAAACAAGCUUUCGAGGCUGCUUUCGUCUUGGCUGUCAAAAGCCCUUCAUCGAAAAGUUACGUGAACUUUACGGAGGAGUUGAAGAUUCGGUCCACAGAUGAGCCCUUCAACAGCACAGCUUACACGGGGUAUUUAUUUCAGCGAAAAAAAGACGAAUUCUUGGCAAACAAAACUAAGGUAGGAAGUGGACCUUUGAAGCACUAUGGGCAAGUUGUUUGUGUUGUUGGGAAUAAUUACACCAGGCUUAGCUUUAAUUGGUAACCUCCAUUUCUAACUUACUCAACUAAGUACUCCGAAAAUUCCUCAUUUACAAACCCCUAACUGCUAGGAGAUGAAAGACGCAAACACUCUACAAGACAAGAGCAUGCUCAAGAUCUUAAAUUCCCAUUUCUGGUGUACUUAUCAUGCAAAGUCUGUGAAACAUGGAUCCUGAAAAACUUUGGACUUUUGUCAUUCCUUGGGUCCUGUAGGUAAAACCUUUCUUACCGAAGUCAUUUGCAUCUCAGCUAGACUUGUUUGAAUAUCAAAUGAAAAACUCCUUAUUUUGUCUUAAUUUAUUUUCCCUUAAUUUCUCCUUUUGAAAUCAUUUUGUUUGAGAAUUCAUACCAAACAAUCGACACAAUAUCUCAUUACCUCGAAGUUCGUUAAAAAUUCUCCGCUGCACUUCGUAUUUUCAACUCUCUUCUCAGUGUUUGUAAUUGCGAUGAAACACUGCACCUCGUGUUUAAACUUUAAAGCGCUGAAGUAGUAUGUUACGUAUGUCUCUUUUUCUGUAGCCACCGAUUUAUGGAGCAUAUCUUUACGAUGCUGUGUAUCAGUAUGCUAUUGCACUAAACAAAACGUUGGAGAAGAAUCAACCCGCCACAGGUGAAAUCAUCGCAAAAAAGAUGCAAAACGUACAAUACGACAGUAAGUAAGCAAGCGGUGUAUGACAUUUGCAGACUGCAGACUGCAGACUGCAUGAGGCAGCAAGACUGUAAAUUGAAUGAAACCAAAAAUAUCGUAAUAAGGGUGGCGUCAUCAUUAACAUUACCUUGUUCCGAGAAAUACACGUAGGGCCUAGAAGCGAAGUUUUUUCACGCAAAUUACACCGACCUGAUUCCUGAAGGAGUUGUUGGCUGUUCGUCUCGUAUUGAAUUAGAGCAGAAUAAUGUCUACCGAUGUCACAAACUCGCUCAUGAAUCCAUAGCAACAGGCUAGCAAUUUAGCCUGCACCACAGACGAAACUAAACUCUGGUUAUAUAAGUCUGUCUGUGAAACAGCGCCGGAAUCCUUAUUCUACGGGGGCCCCAACUGUGUACUAGGAUUUGAGCAUGAGCAAUGAUUGGCCUGUUAAAAAAGCCAUUGUCGAUUUGCCUAUUUAGAAAUUCAAAAUGCACUUCCGGUAAUUCGUCGAGUCCAGGUAGGAUCUGUUUGGUUUAGAUUAUUUGGCAUAUCCUUAAAUACUGCUAAGAUGAAAUACGUCAUUUAAAAUGCGUUAAAUGUCCGUGAUCUAUCCUAGUUGUUUUUGUAGACGUAACUGUAGUGAGCACGAAGUGUUCGCAAUCUAAACACUUUUUUUUACAGAAGAUUACUAUUUAGACAAGCAUUAAUGGGCAUUGCUACUUGUCAUCAUCAAUUCACAAUAAUCAAAGAAGAAUAAAGAAUCAACGCAAUUACUGAUAUGACGGGUGAGUCAAUAAAGAGUCGCGUAGUUGAAGAAUAGCCAACAGCAUCUUGGAAAUGAGGCCAAUGUAACUUUGCGCAAAAACAUCAACCUUGUUCCCAGGCUACUUUCUCACUUUCACACGGUGUUGUAUUUUUGAUGGUGUCACCUUUAUUAGGAAGAUUUUUGGUGUCCUUUAAUUUACAAUCUGAAAUCUGUGGUCUGUAGUCUGCGGUCUACAGUCUGCAGUCUGCAAAUGUUAUACACCGGUAAGCAAGCCAUAAGCAUCUUCCAGCUCGUUCUGAAUUUCCCUUUUGCAUGUUGAAGUCAGACGAGCACACCUCACCAUCAAGCCUCGUUUUGAAAUUGGAAAGUUGGAAAGUUUUUGCAUGAAUAAAUUUCCAUUGUAGUAGAGUUGAAAAGAGUUUUUUCGAAGUUUGAAAUACAUGUUAAUUCAGUUGCAUUCGGUUUCAGGCAUACUUGGUUACAAAAUUAACUUUGACACUAAUGGUGAUGCAGAGUUUAACCUGACGUUGCUGGAUAUGCAGCUGACAGGUAAGCGGAUGUUGAUUCUGGUUUUUUCCGGGGCGACAGGAAGGGUAUUCCCGGGACUAGGGAUCUGCCCAAAAAACAGCAAUGGAUUCGGGAAACGUUAACGGAAUACGAGAUUUGACUGAUUUGACUUUUACCGGAGAAGUGGCAUCGAUUGCAAACAAGGUUUGUGAUUGGCUGGGAAAACAAUAGGGAUGGUGACAACAAUGCCCCUUUCUCCGAAAACAAUAGGUAGUGCAGGUUAUAUGGACGAAUGAAAUUAGAGCUUCAGAAGCGUGCUGGUCAAGGAGAUUUUCGACACUGGUGCGGGAUCCGGAAGAAAACGAUAUUCGUGAUAGCGAAGAGAGAAGUUCGGGAUGCGGGAUUCUCGUGAAAAAAGAGCGGGAAUACGGGAUCAGCACCCCCUUCCCCACCUCCGUUUCAGACCCUAGAAUAUACCUGUCAGGGUUUAUUAAUUAUGCUUUCUUAUUUUUCCCAGAAAAAAGUGCAAAACAUGAGAUGAUUCCAGUAGGUGAUUUCCAAAUCAAGUACGACAAUAAAACCAAGAAAGGGGAACAAAUUUUUGUUCGGCGACCAGGCAUUGCCAUUAAAUGGCCCGGUGGACGAACCGGUCCCCCACGGGACUCCCCUGAAUGUGGUUUUCACGGGGAACUUUGUAUCGGACCAACACGAGAAGGUAUAGUUAUAAAGCAAUCGUUAAUAUCUUGGUCUUUUCACUGCAAUCCGGAAUCCACGGCGUGGGACCCAGAAUCCCAGACUCUCAUGGAUUCCUUUGCUUGCGGCUAAACGGUCCUAUAACUUAGGUAUUAAAUACCUGGAUCAAACCUCGUCUUUACAUAGAACUGGACGAAAAAAUGGCGCACGGAGAGUCCCUGUAUUUUAGUCACGCACGUGUCACGUGACCGUUUUAUGACAGCCUACACGGUGAAAAGAAACUACAAAUGCCUGGAGAAUGAUAGUUGCUAACAUCUAGCUUUCGGUGAUUGCUCUCUAAAGGAGUGCGGAACAGUCAAAAUUAAGUGCAUUUUGUUAGUUGUAUAGUUGCGGAACUUGUAAGCUGCUAAAUAUGAAAGCUUUUCUGUCAGCGUUUUUCUAUAGAGAACAUUAGGUUUCUUUUUUACCUUUUUAAUUAGAUGUGAAAACUAAAAUCAUCGCUGGAGUAUCUGGUUCACUGGCCAUCCUAGCUCUGUUGCUGUUAUUAAAUAUUUACAGGUAAGUAUACACAAAUGAUCCCCCCCCCUCCCCACUCCCCCGAACAACGAGAAUUUUAAUAAACGAUUUUAACAAUAGCAGCCACAAUCAAAAUGGUUGUGAAAUCUCUAACUGAAGUGAAAAUUUUUGACGCAAUAACUUUUUUUCUUGAUGGUGGAUCGUUCCGUUCUCAGUUUUAAAAAAUGUCACCAAUUUAUCAUUUCAUUGUCAUUAUUAUUAUCAUUAUCAUCGUUAUCGUUAUCAUUAUCAAUAUAAUUAUCAUUAUCAUCUUUAUUCAUCAUAAAUAUCAUCAUUAUCGCUAUCAUUGUUAUCAUCAUCAUCAUUAUCAUUAUCAAUAUAAUUAUCAUUAUCAUCAUCAUAAUUAUUAUCGUUUUCAUUGUUACUAUCAUUAGUAUCAUCGUCAUCAUCAUUAUCAUACAAACGUUAACCACAAAGGACUGCAAUCAUUAUCAUCAUUAUUAUCAUUAUCAUCAUCAUCAACAUCAUCAUUAUUAUCAUCAUUAUUUUCACUAUUAUGGUUAUCAUUAUCAUUAUCAUUAUCAUCACCAUCGUCAUCAUUAUUAUCACUUUAUCGUUAUCAUUAUCAUUAUCAUCAUUAUUAUCAUUAUCAUCAUCAUUAUCAUCAUUAUCACCAUUAUUAUCAUUAUCAUCAUCAUCAUCAUCAUUAUCAUCAUCAUCAUCAUCAUUAUCAUUAUCAUCAUCAUCAUUAUCAUCAUCAUCAUCAUCAUUAUCAUCAUCAUCAUCAUUAUCAUCAUCAUUAUUAUUAUCAUCAUUAUCAUCAUCAUUAUCAUCAUUAUUAUCAUUAUCAUCAUCAUCAUUAUGAUUAAGAUAAAACGACUAGGUUUAUCUGGGUAUAAUUGACACUUAAGUGACGCACUUCCGUUUGAUUGUGUAACAUUCACUAACCCGCCGCGCCACGGGUCAAUCAGUCUCGGUUCGCCUCGCGCUCUACGCCAGCUCGAUCUAGUUCUUGAUUCAUGGACGAGGAAACACAAGCGUGGUGCGAGGCCAAUGGCUUUACCGGCCACACCGUCAAAGCACUUAUUACUGAAGAAUUCGUCUCUAUGCAAGCUAUAAGGGCCAUGACGGCCGAUGUUAUUGCGAGUUUCUCUUUAUCCUCUGCACAACGCUGUCUACUGAGGAAAGCUGUUCUAAAGUCUCAGUCACCUCCGCCUCUGCCUCCACCUGUACCAACGUCCACAACUAAGGAUGCAGACCAAAUGGCCAAUGAUCUCGACGUACUAGAAUCGUCUAUCUUGGCCCUAGCCCAACAAAAGGACGCCCCUACCGAAUCGACCAAGACUGGGGAAGGUAAGCCCUCAAAAUCAAUACCACGUGCCCACGAGGCUAUCUACAUAAAACCGCGUAGCGGCAAGUCAGAUUCCAAGGUCAACCCUCUUGAUUUGACCUACUCGGAGUUUACUGCUGGUUACUUUUCGAUCCUGGAUGGUUUGUUACAAGGUGGUGAACACGCCCAGGCUCAGCAGCUCUGCCGUUACUUGAAAUUCCUGUCCAAAAAGGCCAUCGCGUUUUCUACCACGGCUAUUCUCCAAUUUGACGACGAGUUUCGUGGCAUGGUUGCGCGUGGAGAGGCCGCUUACGACGAUCAUACCUCUCUCAACGAUCUGCAAGCCCACCACUUCGACUCCUCGGCAGUAAAAGCACCUCACGUUCGGCCGCGAGAUCGCAGUCGCAUUCGCUCAAGUAAUUCUCAAGCUGGCAGCUCCAAGUCUUUCGGAAAACACUGUUACAAAUGGAACGAAGAUUCUAAUAACUGUGGCGGAUGCAAUUACACCCACGCGUGUCUGGUGUGUGAUUCCACGCAACAUGGCGCUGUGUUUCAUCGCUCUCAACCUCCUUCUGGGAAAAAAUCUUCCUCUAAUUGACCAGCUAAUUCACCUAUGGCAGCGGCCUACUCAUCCUCAUCAGCCUAUUUUUCUGCAUCGUACUCUCCAGAUCCAGAUCUGCUCAACAUCUGCUCGCUUACGAGACAUUUUGAUACUUGGUGUCGCGAACUGGACUCUGACCCGGAUAAAGCCUUUAUUCUUUCGGGCAUCGCGCAUGGCUUUCAUCUUGUCAACGAUCUUUCUAUUGUUUCGCCAGCGGAUUGUCACAAUUAUCGGAGCGCCGAAAAUCCUGCCGUAAAACCUGCCCUCGAUAAACUCUUUCAGGACGAACUCUGUUUCCAGCGCAUCGAGGAAGUUUUCAACAAACCACUUCGUGUUAACGCUAUCGGGAGUGUUACAAAGAAGGACACUGGCGAGCCUCGACCUAUCACCGACAUGAGCCGCCCUCUUAAUAACUCUGUCAAUGACUAUAUAUCCUGUGAAUCUUAUCGCUACAAAUCUAUUGAUGAUGCCAUUGCUCUCAUGCGCCCAGACUGCUUCUUCGCCACAGUCGACAUUAAAUCUGCCUAUCGAUGGGUUCCCGUUUAUCCCCCUCAUCGCACACUUCAAGGAUUCCGCUGGGCUUUUAAUGGUUCUUACAAAUACUUUACAGACAAUUUUCUUUGUUUUGGUCUCAAAAAUGCACCAAGUAUUUUUCACCGGAUUUCCUGUGCGCUCACGCGUAUGAUGGCUCGAAACGGCUUCAGUAACAUUGUUAAUUAUUUGGACGAUUUUCUCAUUGUUGCUUCUUCACGCGAAGAGUGCCUUCGUGCACAACUAACCCUUAUUCAUCUUCUCCACUCCCUCGGUUUUCAAGUCAAUUGGUCUAAACUCUCUGGCCCCUCACAAAGUGUCAAAUUCCUCGGAAUUAUUCUCGAUUCAAUUGCUAUGCAGGCCUUUGUCCCCGAGGACAAGAUUUCAGCCUUAGAAGAUCAACUCACUUUCCUCAUUUCUCACCGCAAAGCUUCCAAGCGGGACUUACAGCGAGUCGCCGGGCUCAUGAACUUUCUAGCUAAAGUCGUUAAAGGGGGGCGCACCUUCUUGCGUCGCGUUCUUGACUUUAUUAUUCGCUUGAAACGCCCCUUUUAUAAAGCUCGUAUUACUUCAGACCUCCGAAAGGACUUCUGUUGGUGGCUAAACUUUUGUCGUGUGUUUAACGGCAAGGCUAUUAACAUUUACUACUCGCCUAUUGUUGAACAUGCUUACACCGAUGCGUCCCUUUCGGGUUUUGGUGCUCACUGGCGAUCUCAUUGGCUUGCUGGCGUCUGGUCCUCCGACAACUCGGUGCUCCCGAGUCUUCGCAUGUCCGGAAAUUGGGUUCACACGACUGGUCACGAAAUUCCGUUCCCCAUCAAAACGAACAUAAACUACCUUGAACUGUACGCGGCGUUACAAGCAAUCCGUAGGUGGUCUCCGCAUUGGGCGAACUGUCACGUUUGUUUACACACAGAUAAUACACAGGCCAUGGCUUUCCUGAAUAAGGGUUCGUGCAAAAACCCUACUGCUAUGGACUGGUUACGUGAAAUAUUCUGGUUAUCAGCCAUCUACAACUUUCGCCUGACUUCUCGCCAUAUUACUGGCCUCGCAAACGUCUUUGCCGACCGCUUAUCUCGUGUUACAGAAAUCUAUACCCCCUGAAUACCGCCUUUGCUAUAUGUGGUCUAAUUGGGCCCCCUUCUCCUUCUCUCCUAGAUGUUGGCGAUUCUCUCGACGACGCCGUUGCCUUGGCUAUUUCCAACGCUUAUGCCUCCUCCACUCUUGCCACUCGCAAGUCUCAAGCCCUGAAAUACCUCCGAUUUUGCCGCCUGCUUCAGACGUCCCCAUUCCCUAUUUCAGUUAGGAACCUUUGUCGCUACUGUGUGUACCUGAGCCGCACACUAAAGUAUUCGUCCAUCGCUAACUAUUUGGAUGGUCUCCGCUGGCUCCACGUCAUGUUCGACUACCCACCUCCUCCUAUCUCCCAUUGUCGCGUGCAACUUACGUUACGAGGCCUGAAACGUCUUCUCUCCGCGUCGGUUAAACGCAAGCUCCCGAUCACACCGACUAUUCUCUUGGCUCUUCGUGAUGUCAUGGACCUCUCCCUGCCACUUCACCUCGCUCUCUGGGCGGCUUUCUUUCUUGGUUUCUUCAGCUUCUUUCGCAAGUCAAAUAUCAUCCCUCCAAGUCACGCGCAGUUUUCACCGAACAAGCACCUUUCACGCUCCGACUUUUACUUCACUUCGUGGGGCCUUAUCGUUUCUGUCAAAUGGUCUAAAGUCAACCAAUUUCGCGAGCGGACGCUCCUCAUUCCCUUAGUUUCCAUACCGUCUCAUGCCUUAUGUCCAGUUCAGGCUCUCCGCAAGUUCUUCGACACGUGUCCAGCUCCGACCUCCAGUCCUGCUUUUGUUAUCCCCACAGCGCAUGGUCUUCGCUCCCUCUCUUACAACUCGUUCACCAAACACCUAAAAGCUCUCCUUGGCCUUGCAGGUUUCACCCCCGACGAUUAUUCCGGACAUUCAUUUCGCCGUGGCGGAGCCACCUAUGCAAGCUCCCUAGGUAUCUCCCACGAAUUAAUUCAACUUCAAGGCGACUGGGCCUCCACUGCUUACCUCGAGUACCUUGCGAGACCACUCCGACAGCGCUACUCCUUGGCCGCGCAAGUUGCUACUCAAAUUGCCUCCUCUCCGUCCUUCCCCGAUCCUGACGGCCUUCCUUUAUAACGAAACUCAUACCAAACACUGUGUUUGAACUGUGUUGGCGUGAUCCUCUUUUGGCGGGUUUCGAAAUUAAUCAUCACCUGUCAAUAAAUAAACUGCCAGACUGUCACGCCAACACUGCUUGAUGUUUGAUUUGUCUAUUAUGAUUAAGAUAAAACGACUAGGUUUAUCUGGGUAUAAUUGACACUUAAGUGACGCACUUCCGUUUGAUUGUGUAACAUUCACUAACCCGCCGCGCCACGGGUCAAUCAGUCUCGGUUCGCCUCGCGCUCUACGCCAGCUCGAUCUAGUUCUUGAUUCCCUUCCCACCCACCCAUUUAUUUUCUUUCUUAUUUUUGUUUUUAUUGUAUAUUGCAUCAUUGUAGUUUGUCACCUUCGGCAGAGGUUUGUGAUUAUAUUUGUGAUUGCAUGCGGGUUUCGAAAUUAAUCAUCACCUGUCAAUAAAUAAACUGCCAGACUGUCACGCCAACACUGCUUGAUGUUUGAUUUGUCUAUUAUCAUCAUUAUUAUCAUUAUCAUCAUCAUUAUCAUCAUCAUUAUUAUCACCAUUAUCGUUAUCAUUAUCAUUAUCAUCAUCGUUAUCAUCAUCAUUAUCAUCAUCAUCAUCAUUAUUAUCACCAUUAUCGUUAUCAUUAUCAUUAUCAUCAUCGUUGUCAUUAUCGUUAUUACUUUACAGGCAAUACAGAUUGGAGCGAGAACUCAAACGUCUCUUGUGGAAGAUUGACUACAACGAUCUAUGUUUUGAGAAGAAAACAACCUCUGUCUCUUCUUUGGGAAGCAACUCGGUAAGAGGGUUAGCCUGCCAAAACAUCCGUUUCUCCUCGCUCUUCGCCGAUGGGGACGUUUCGCGCGGAGGAACGUCUGCGACUCAGCGGCAGAAAUUCCAUACUGAUGACGCAAUCCAGUGUUUACAUAAUAAGUGGUUCCAAAUACAAAUUUGUCCAAUUUUACGUGUCUUCUGGUCGAUUUUGGUAAAGUGUUGUGUUCAUCUGCCAACAAGCUACAGCAAAACUCAAAUGCUUCUUCUAGAGAAGACUAUAUUCCACAAAUAUUGACUGUUUUGUUAGAGAUUCUUCGCGUUUACAUUUGACCUUUGUGGCCUUUUGUCUCUUGUCUGUCAUUCGUAAACAAUAGCUAGAACAAUGUAAUUACUCCGUCGACCAAUCAGCGCUUCUGACCGGAUUCUGGACAGAUUUUACGUCAUCAGUAUGGAAUUUCUGUCGCUGAGUCGCAGACGUUCCUCCGCGCGAAACGUCCCCAUCGGCGAAGAGCGAGGAGAAACGGAUGUUUUCACAGGCUAGUAAGAGGGUCGGCAAUAGGCCAUGCGUCAUCAGGAGAGUUCUUUUAAGUUUUAAGGCACAUUUAUGUUAUUACGUUUUUAUUACUUUUCCCAAAGCAAAAAGAAACUGAACCCGAAUUACACGCACCUCUUGUUAAUGAUGAGGAAGAUGAUCUUUUCAAGUACACAGCCAUUGCUGUUUACAAGGUAAUUUGUUCUGCUAAAUUAUAACCCUUUAAUUUGUAUCUAUAAAAGCAAUCUUAGCUUUUCGCCACUUUAGCAACGAGAAAGGAACUGGGACAGUUACAAGGGACAGGAAAAUAAAUGGCCAAUACGCCACUUCCAUAUUUCCCAUAAUGCACCUUAUUCCCCCCCCCCCCCAAAAAAAAAAUUGCAUAAGCAUUGUUUUCAAUUUCUCCUUGGGACGGCUGUAAUAACCAAGAGAAAUGAAAAACAUACGUUAUGCAAAAUUUGGGGCAGGGGGCGGGGGGCAGAUAAGGUGCAUUAUGGGAAAUGUAGAAGUGGCGUAUAGCUGACCGGCGCGUUCCUGGUAGCGAUUCCGGAAACAACUGCGGUACACAUUUCGCCACCAGUCCUCUCCUCGUUUCUUAAGUGGCGAAUAACCUGGGCUACAAUAGGCUAGAACAUAAUGAACAAGAAUAUUCUGCUCCUAGUUUGUCUGGCAUAGAGUGGAGGUUUCUGGAUAGUACUCUAAAAAAGAGUUACAAAAUUACAAUCGAACAUCAUCUGGUAGCAUUAAAACUUAUCUGGAGACGUUUAUAAUUAAAACAUUCCAGUACAAGCAUAAAAACAUAACGAGUCUUUAUUUCAGGGUAACCUGGUGGCAGUUAAGCGUUUGGCAAAGAAGAGCGUGGAUCUCACAAGAACAGUGCUAAUGGAACUCAAACAGGUACUCCGUGAUUAAUCUGGAAGAAAUCAGAAUGGCCGCCCUAUAAGCACUUGUCUGCCUUCUUAGUCGGUGUGAUGAUCAUUUUAUUUCAAACUCUCUUCUCAUUUAUCUCAUUUUAAUUAUAAACUAUGGUUAUCAAAAUUAGUGGGAUUCUAGUCUGCUACACAGCCGGCAGCAGGACUAGUGGGAUUCCGGACUCCUUGAGCUGUAUUCCGGAUUGCAGGAGAAAAACCUUCCCGGAUUCCAGAUUCCACAAGCAACAAUUUCCCGGAUUUCGGAAUUUGGAUUCCCUUACAUGGGGCGACAUAAUAGGCAUUACAAAGUGUCCCUUGCCCAAACCCUCAACAAAAUGCAAGCAAUUCUGUCAAACAUGACGUUAUAUCGAAAAUAGAAAUAAUUUUGUCCGAUAUUGAAGUAUCCAAGGUUCGAGUUGUGCAUUUCUGGACGUAGGUGGGAUCAUUUAUUUCAAUUUUUUCUUUUCAGAUGAGAGAUAUAAGGCAUGAUAACCUGAACCCUUUCAUUGGUGCUUGUGUGGAGUCUCCAAAUAUUUGCGUUAUUUCGCAGUAUUGCUCCAAAGGCAGUCUUCAGGUAAGCGUGUGACAAAGUAGGCCUACGAAAUACAAAAUUGUGUUAACGAAAAACGCGUUUCGAUCUUGUGUAACAGCUUAGCUUUUUUGCAGGAUGUUUUGGAGAACGAUGCCGUGAAGUUGGACCACCUUUUUACGGCUUCUCUUGUGUCGGAUAUUAUUAAAGUAAGUCAAACAUAUUUGCAGUACAUAACUGUUACCACCACCUCUACCACAGUAUAUUAGCUUCACGUGUCAAUUAAGCAGCUAUCCUUGGAGAAAAGCAAACUGACCACCGACUACUUGUUGACCGUUUAACUAACGCAGGUCAAAAGAGAAGUAGGCAAUGGAAAUCAUUGUUUAUGAUAAUUAUCCUUACUUAUAAUAAGGUUUAGAUUGAUCUUUUUGUAUCCAUCAUGGUUUGCUCAUUCCUAGGGUAUGGCUUAUCUUCAGAGCACGGACAUUAAGUCACACGGAGAUCUCAAAUCGUCCAACUGCCUCGUGGACAGCCACUGGAUGCUUAAAAUUGCCGACUACGGGCUCAAUACUUUUAAGGAGAAGCAAGCGAAAACCUAUCCUUCAGAGCAUUCCUAUUACAGAGGCAAGAAUGAAGACAAUUAAUUGAUGAGUACUUGAACGUUCAAGCUGAUUUUCCAAUAACUCUUGUAAACUGUAUAACCACCUUUAAUCGGGCUGGUCAAUCACCCCAAAUCAAUAGGUAGAGCGCAUCAAAGCGGUGCCGUGCAGGCUAAUGGCCACCACAAUUUAAAGGAACUGUGUCACAAAAUUCAUCAAAACUCAAACAGUAGAAACUGUUACCAAACUUGUCAGAACACUGACAAGAUCAUGAAGUGUUCCUUGACCAUUUUUAGGCCCUUUCGUUAGAGGAACAGGUGGACUUUCCACCCAUUCAUCCACCACUUUGUUAAAUUCCUUGUGUUUUUAUUUCAGAUCUUCUAUGGGUGGCACCAGAAAUUCUUCGUCUACCCCAUCGCCCCACCAGGGGGACGCAGAAAGGAGACGUUUACAGCUUUGGUAUCAUCCUGCAAGAGUUUCACACCAGGGAGGGGCCAUACAGCUCAAGCUAUUUGGACCCGCAGGGUAAUAAAAAUUUGCUUUAAAAAAAUGUUCAUUCUGGCAUAUUUACACAUAAUACAAUAACAGACUAAACAGCUAAAAACCAAAACGUUCCAAGAAAAUUAUUAACAAAAGAAAGCGAUAAAUGUACAGUGACUUCAUCUGUUUGUAUAUAAUGGUUCGCUUUUAAAAGGCGGUUUGGGAGGGGUCACGAAGAUUUUAUGGCUGUUGCCCUUGGUUGUUUGGCAGUUGCCAGUGGCGAAACCAGGGGGAAGACCUGGGGUACGAGGACUUCAGGGGCUCCAAAGUAACCUUUGUCUCACUUUGAGUUCUUUAGAAAUCGUAGACAAAGUACAAUCUGGUGAGAUUCCUCCAUUUCGCCCUACCGUAUCAGAACUGAUUACUAAAGUUGAGGAGCUGCGUGAAUUGAUGAAACAAUGUUGGGUGGAAAAUCCAGAAUUACGCCCAGACUUCCAGGAGAUCAGGAAAAUAGUGAACAAGAUGUUAACCAACAAAGGAAUGUGAGUAAUUUCUAUGAGAAAUGUAGUUCUGCAGCGUGUUAGGGGGUACAACACUUAAACGCUUAUAUAGGUUAUACGUUUGAAGACAACCCGCCACUUUAGAAACUGGAGCCGAAAUGCCAACCGAAAUUGUUCCUGGGAUCAGAUUGGCCAAUUUUUUUCCCUCUCCCUAGAAGCAGUCCCAGAAGUCUUUGCGAACGUUAACUCGGCCCAGUUUCCUCCUCGUUUCUAAAAUGGCGAAUCCAAGAUGGCGGUUCCAAGAUGACAGUUUCAAGAUGGCUCUCUUUUGAACUUAUCACCUACAAGUAAAUAACACUUCAUAUAACGUAAUCGCGUCACUUGGACAAACUUAGGCUAUUUUGGCAUAGUUAAGCCUUUACGAAUGCCAUAAUCGUAAUCAUAUCCUCAUCCCAGUCUCGUUAUUAAAAAUAUGACCAUCUCCCUCAAUCUCUCUCAAGAGAGAUGUAACCAUUGAUAACAUUUCGUUUAUAUUUGCUUUACAGGAAGACAAACAUUUUUGAGAAUGUAGUUUAUAUGAUGGAAACGUAUGCGAAUAACUUGGAGGAGCUCGUGAACGAAAGAACUGGCCAGCUGAUCGAUGAGAAGAAAAAGACCGACAGUCUUUUAGAAAGAAUGCUACCGAGGUAACUUUUCGUACCAUAAAUGCUUCAUUCAAAAUUAAUCCUCUUAACCCUAAUAACAAAGUUCAAAUUCUCAUUUGGCGCAACUAUUUGGUGAAAAAUAUCGAGAAUGAAAAAAUUUCAGUUAGGUAAAAGCUAGACUUUAAUCCUUUUUUGCCGCCAAAAAGCCCGCGCUUUUCGCUACUAGUGGGCUAUAACAUAUAGCCUAGUAGUAGCUCGACCAAUCAGAACGCAGCAUUGAUAAUAGACCACUAGUUGGAUUUUACUUAUAAUUGAUAUACUUAUCAGUAAUUGAACUAAUGUAGUUACACGUAAAAACUUGUUCCAUCAGACCGGUAGCGGAACAGCUUAAGAGAGGAAAAGCUGUAGAGGCAGAAGCGUUCCGUGAAGUGUCAAUUUACUUCAGUGAUAUUGUAGGAUUCACAGAACUAUCGGCAGAAAGCACUCCGCUACAAGUAGGUAUUUUAAAUAUAUUCAGACCCUUUUAAUUGUGGUCGCACUACUCCCCUCUCCGUCUUUCUUUUUGCCCUCAUCACCAUUUAACAUCAUAAUUGUCACCAUCAACAUCAUCAUCAUCAUCAACAUCAUCAUCACCAUCAUCAACAUCACCAUCAUCAUCACCAUCAUCAUCAACAUCAUCAUCAUCAUCAUCAUCAUCAUCAUCAUCAUCACCAUCAUCAUCACCAUCAUCAUCACCAUCAUCAUCAACAUCAUCAUCAUCAUCAUCAGCAUCAUCAGCAUCAUCAUCAUCAUCAUCAUCAACAACAACAACAACAACAUCAUCAACAACAUCAUCGUCAUCAUUGUCAACAUCGCCAUCAUCACCUUAACUGCGUCAUAAAUAUCAUAAUCACCAACAUCAUCAUCACCAUCUUCAUCAUCAUUACUGCCUUUACGUACAUCACGGUCAUUUUACUCUAUCACUUUAUCAUCCUGGCUGUUCUAGUUCAGUUUUCAGAAACACUGAUCUAAUGCCAAAAACACUAUCAAAAACAAGACCCAAGAAGUGACUUCACGGGGAUAUAAAGACAGUUACUAAAAGCCCCUACAACCCUUUUCCCAUUUUCAUCGAUGAUAGGUUAAUUUUUCAAACUAUUUCCUCAGGUUGUUACUCUACUGAAUGAUUUAUACACAUUAUUCGAUGAUAUUAUAAGUGAAUAUGACGUAUACAAGGUACGUAAAUUGCAACAUUACUAUGAAUUAUAAAUAUCGCAUUAUCCAGUUCCGGCUUAGGGCUUUUCAAAAUAAUAUAUAACAAUAGUUGGGGAAAGUUUGCUGGAACGCUUGUGGCGCAGUUUACAAUAAAUUAAGUAACAAAUGAUGAAUGCAUCCCAGUGAGGAAGCGAAUUUAUGUUAGACAACCACCCAAAAUGUCCAACAAUCUACUUAGUAAGUAACUAAGACAAGUUGUUACAGCUUGACCACAGUUACCACCCUCAAUGUAUAUCAGACAAUGUAAAAGCCCAUUUCUCCCCUUUUGUCAUCAUUAAAAGGGAUUUUAGAAACAAAAGACUGGGAAUUCAUAUCCAAUUAUAUAUAUACUGCAGUUCUAGUUUUUAAAGUACUCAGUUCAGUCAACUGUGAAUGUCGAAAAUCGCUGCAAAAAACGAUUUUACUCCAGGGCGCAGUGUAUAAUAGAGAUGUAAAUGUGAGUCUUCAAACUACAAUUUUAUGCUGGUAACCCUGAUCUCCUAAUCGCUAUAAAAGUAAGGCCCGGUUCAGACGCCGCUCCACUCAUGUGCCGAACCUUACUGAUGAAUUAAGUACGGCAAAAGAGCAGCGUCUGAAUCAAUUUGGUACGGCAAUUUUAGUUUGGUGCGGCAAAAGCGUUAAGUUCGACAGAGUCUGUCGAACUUUUGUCGAACUGAACUUAGGUUCGACACACGGUACGUCGUCUGAAUCAGAUGUCGCGCCAGUGUCGCUCCAAAGUCGAACUUAUUCAGUUAGGUUCGGCGCAUGAAAAGUACGGCGUCUGAACCAGGCCUAAGUCGCUCGUUCAACCUCCAAUGUCCCAUGUUCGAUAUAUCAAAAUUCUAACAUGAUUCCGAGGUUUAAGGCACAAUAUUGCAGAUCUUUCACCAUUCCAUUGCCCCGCAAUUCCCAGAAGAGACUUAAGCACAAAGAAAACCAUGCCAAAGGUAGAAAUAUGACCAGAAAACCUCGGAGUCAUGUUAGAAUUUUAAUAUACCGAACGCGGGCUAUUUUGUGCCCUUAUUUGCUUGAACUCUAUCUACUGCGCUCCUUCUAACCGUCAGGUGGAGACAAUUGGUGACGCAUACAUGGUGGUAUCAGGAUUGCCAAUCAGAAAUGGACACAAACACGCAGGGGAAAUAGCGCGCAUGGCGCUGCACUUAGUCGAGGCUGUGAAGAAAGACUUUACAGUGCGACACAAAAGUGACUACAAACUCAAGUUACGGGUCGGAAUUCACAGUGGUAAUAAAAAAAGCUCUCACAUUUUGAUAGGCCAGUUAAGCCAUUUGAAUUUCAAUUCUUUAUAACGGACUCAAGAUUGAAAUUACGCCUCAGUUGAGGAAACGUAAAACGUAAACUUAAACUGCCAAACGAAAAAAACAAAAAGACCAAAGCGUUCAUCCAAGUAUCAGCGUUUAAAUAUCCUGUUGAGACACCCCCACUAGUGUUUUUCGAUGUAUUUCUAAAGACUCUCAGAUAUUUUUUUUAUGAGACAACAAUUGAGACCAUUUAUCCAUCUACUCAUUAAUUCCUCAAUUGCAAAUUGGUGAAAUCAAAAAACAUGUGCAAACAUAUUACUCUUGCUCUCGAGUUGAUUUUGUCACUCCAAAUUGCAUAAAUUUAGUCGGAUUCUAGUUUUUUUUUCUGUCAACUGAUAAUGAUGCCAUGGUAGCCUGCGUCGCAAGCGUUUCCGUGUGGUUACGAAGAACGAGAGUAAAAGACCGCACGAAAAAUGGGGUGAGUUCAAGUCGUUUCUCGGUCCCUCUUUGCUCCGAAACCACACGGAAACCCUUGCUACGCAGGCUAAUAUGCUAUGGCGGCGACAUCGAAACUUUGUGUUUGACGUUUUUUUCAUAUAAUAUUUAUCCUUAAGUUAGAAGAGUACUCAGUCAAAUAUCAGCUUUUUGUUAUCCAUUACAGGCCCUGUCGUGGCUGGGGUUGUUGGUAUAACAAUGCCUCGUUACUGUUUAUUUGGGGAUACAGUGAACACAGCUUCUAGAAUGGAAUCCAACGGGGAAGGUAAGAGUACAAAUUAGACUUGCCUACAAGUCGAGCUCAAAUUUUUUCACGAGCGCGAAGCGAGAGCAUUAGAUUUUUUAUGUUUUCUGCGGCAAAAGCGAGCGAGCGAGAGAGUGCUGGGGCCAACUACCGGAACCGGAAAUGAGAAGCGAAGGACUUUGAGAAAGUCUAAGUAGAAAUAAAAAGUAUGUUCUUUUCGCCUACUCGCGUCUGUUUGCAUUCUUACCCUACCUUACGAUCGUCAAAUCAUCGGGUUCGUCUUCGACUUUACGUCCCUCGCUGUCUUCAUUUUCUUUUCUUCGUACCAUAAUCGUAGCAUUUUUUCUCUCUUUUCACUCCUUUCCUUUUUUCCUCCUAAGCCUUGUGCUGAUGGUGUGGUAGCUAUCCCAUUUGACAGUUGACAAUUCGUGAAUUAGAUCUACUUUUUAUCACCAACUUUUUGACGAGGAAAGACAAAUGUUCCCGUUUUGUGUGAUACAUUCAGCUCAAUUUUUCAGAAAAGCAGAAAGAUAAGUUAUUGCGGAAGAACCUAAAAGAUAAAAAGUGACAGAAGCUACAUGACCUAAAAGAUUUCAGGUUGGUAAAAAUUUUUGGAUAUUGCCAAGGUAAUGAACAAAUUCUUCUUUCGUUCUGGUUUAUAGCUCUACGAAUUCACAUAAGUGAGGUCACGAAGAGAAUACUAGAAACCAUAGGGGGAUUUGUUGUUGAGAGCAGAGGAGAGGUUUAUCUUAAGGUAAGCUGAGAAACUGCACAUUUUUGCACUCUAUAAAGCUUCAAACAAACUGAAAGCUCAGCGUAAAAGUAGAUACGAAAGCUGCAGUUAGAAGGAAUCGAAGGUAAUUCUUUCCACAACCCUGUCAUUAAAACGAUCUCGCGGUGUCUCUUCUUUUCAUCCGUUUAUCAAUCAUUGUUCAAAUGGCGUGUUGAGACACUCCUACGUAUGUCUCCCUACCAUUUUGUUUUCCGUUGAUUAUUAGUUCUGCUUAUUUUACCAGGGAAAAGGAAGUGUGACCACCUUCUGGCUUCUAGACGCUGCGCAGAAACCGACCCACAAGCCCCGUCCGGUAUCCAAACUUUCAAACAGCAUUCCCUCGGAAUUCCCCCUCUUGUCUCUUCCGGGAUUCAAAAGCGGCACUGUAGGAUCUUCUUCCUCUAUCGUGAGUGGUUUGAAACGUUCUUCGUCACUUCGUGUCAGUCACUUCCGUAAAUCCCAGGGUUCUCCGAUUCUCAAACGAUGGCAAAAACUCGAAGAUCCCCCGAGACAACCUUCGAGAGACAGUUUACCUUCAAAGUUGGAUCCUAAUGGUAAUCAGUCGACUCAUAUGUGAGAAGUGAACUAGAUUUAUAAUCGUUAUAUCAUUUUGGGAAGAAAAACAGUGACUGUUGCAUAUGUGGGCGUCAAUUGUUUGUCUAUGCAAGGAAAUCUGGAAUCCUUAAUCCGGAAAGUUUUGCUUCUUGUAAUCCAGUAUUAGGGAAAUUUUUGCUCACAGGAUCCGGGAUCCUGAGUCCUGGGCUUUGGAAUCGGGAAUACAGUUCAAGGGAUCCAGAAUCCUACUAUCUAUUGCAAUCCGGAAUCCAAGUUCCACCGACAAAGAAUCGGAAUUCAGUACCUGGAAUCAGGAAUCCACUGCGUGGAAUCCAGAGUCCAAAACUGCUUUGGAUUCCCUGACAGGGGGUGACACAUGAGAUAUCGACCGACUGGAUUGAGAGACAGAGAAAGUUACGACGCGUAUCAGAGUGGUAUAUCAAGACGCUAUAAAGAAAUAAUUCUUUAGAUAUUGUGUAUUAAGCAUCAUAAAUAUUGAAUAAUUUAACACUUUAAAGAUCAGAGAGCAACACAGUUUAAUAUCAUAAUAAAAAAUCAAAGUAUUCCAACAUGUUGAAUAUACAAUAAUUUUCUUUACGUUAGUUUCAUCU